AUGAUAGCCAUUGCUUUGCAAUGGUGCUGCUUAUCUGCAGCUGCAGAUAAGCAAUGCAGCAAUGGUGCUGCACUAGUUGGCAUCUGGCAUACCGCGGCAACGCUGCUCCGCACGGGGCCACACGAAGGCGCACCGGACCCGCACCGGGAACGUCUCUCACAGCUACGGGCCCACACAGCGAGGCUGCCGGAGGUUCUCGGCCGCGCCUCCGCCAGUUGCAGUUCCAGCGCUCCAGCGCCUCCGGAGUUCGCACUUCACUCCAACCACGCCGCGAGGGUGCCAGCAGCACGUCCUUCCGCCAGCAAGGCUCCGCGCCGGCGGAGCGCCCGCCUCCUACGUCCUGUCACGGAGCUGCGCGGGCCGCGCCCGCCUCCGAGCUGGGGCGGUCCCGCGCACACGACGCCCCAGCCGACUUCCAGGGAGCAGCCUCCUCGCAGCCGCUCGGGCCGCCCCCGUCCCUCGGGCCGCUCGGCCCGGCCCCGCCCGGAGGCGAGCGCGGAGAGGGAAGCGGCGGGGCCUCCUCCCGCGGCGCGCGCGCUGAUUGGCCGUGUGCCGCCCGGGGCCGGGACAGCUCCUGCGGCCGGCGGGGGCGGGAGGGACUGGCCGGGACGCGCCCUUCGUCCCGGCUCCUGCCGCGCUGUGCCCGGGGACUGCUGGGGUUCGCACCGCCGCCUCUCACUGCGGCCCCGCGCCCGGGCAGCCGAUCGCCGUCGCGCCGCUCCCCCGUCCGUGCUUAGGCCAGCCAUGUCUAAGCCGCCACCUAAACCGGCCAAGCCAGGGCAGGUUAAAGUAUUCAGGGCCCUGUAUACGUUUGAGCCCAGAACGCCAGAUGAACUGUACUUUGAAGAAGGAGAUAUCAUUUACAUCUCAGACAUGAGUGAUACAAACUGGUGGAAAGGAACUUGCAAAGGGAGAACUGGACUAAUUCCAAGCAACUAUGUGGCAGAGCAAGCAGAGUCUAUUGAUAAUCCACUGCAUGAAGCGGCCAAACGAGGCAACCUGAGCUGGUUGAGAGAGUGUUUGGAUAAUCGAGUCGGUGUCAACGGGUUAGACAAAGCUGGAAACACAGCUCUGUAUUGGGCAUGCCAUGGAGGCCAUAAAGAUGUAGUAGAUGUCCUGCUUACCCAGGCAAACCUAGAGUUAAACCAACAGAACAAAUUGGGAGACACAGCUUUGCAUGCUGCUGCAUGGAAGGGUUAUGCAGAUAUUGUAGAGAUGCUGCUGGAAAAGGGGGCAAGAACAGAUCUGAAAAACAACGAGAAGAAACUGGCUUUAGAUAUGGCAACGAAUGCAGCUUGUGCUUCCUUGCUUAAGAAGAAACAGAGUGCAGGUACAGUUCGAACAUUGAGUAACGCAGAGGAAUAUCUUGAUGAUGAAGACUCCGAUUAGCUUUUUUAAUUCCAUAUGGAAAACUAUAACUUGCAUUGUCUGUGUUGUUUUCAAAACAUAUCUUCACAACUAAAAAAAUAUCACAUUUAGACUAUCACAAUAUAGCCUAUUAAUGAGAGGGUGAAAGCAUGCUUUGCAAAGGAGUAAUCUUCAUGUAGCCAGACGAUGCCACAUUUUAAGUCAGAGUUCUUUUUUGGAAUUAUCACAGAGAAAGUGUGGCACACCUUUAUCACUGAAUAUGGCAGAGGACCAUCUUCUAAACUCACAGGUUUCAUCUCAGGCCUUCCUAGUAAGUGCCUUGUAUCUCUGGAAUACUCAAAGGUCCCAUGUGGGACAGCAGGACACCACUGCUAACAUUUCCCCAAAUCCCCCUGGGUAUAUGUUCCUUCAUGCAGCUAAUAUAGGCAGUCAGUAUUGGCUGGCAGGCAUAAAUGGAGAUGCUACCAUAGAGAGGGGCAAUUGUUUGCCCUCAUGGGAGACAGCAUUGCAAGGUUUGAUUUUUAAUUUUGGUAAAAUUUUUUCCCUUCCUUCCUCCGUCCCUCUUAAGUGAGGUGCAAAACGACCUGAGACAAUCUGCCUCAGGAAUGCUUUGUCUUCUCUAUUGCUGUGGGCCCACUCCCUGAAAUGUAACACAGGUGAAAGGCUUGCUUAAGUCAGGUUUGCUUUAGGAAUUCACUUGGAUUUGUGGCUUGGAUAUUUUACUUUUUGAACUGUAUUAUGCUGAAACUAUUUGUAGUAAAAGGAAGACAGAAUAUUUUUCUAUUUAUCCUGUCUAAAAUUUUUUAAUACUGAUCUUUGCUUUUAUUUUUUGCAAGUGCUCUUAUGUCUUGUCCUAAAUUACCUCAAAGUUUAAGUGCAUUUGAAGUAAUGAGGGAAGAUGUGCAUCAAAUAUACCACAGGUAUCUUUAGAAGAGACACCUGAAGCUGAAUAAAGAUUUUUAAAAUGUAUUGCUGCUUCCUGUGAAUUAAAGAAAAAUGGAAAAUAGAUUCAGCCACUUUAAAGCUUCCCUGCAGAGUUAAAAAGUAGUACUUCCUUCAGAUUGCUCAAGUAGCUGUAGCCAAAUGUUGCACAUUACUGAGAGAUACUUUCUUAUUGUGAUGGUAGUAAAUGUUACAAGUAUUUGAGAUACAAUCUCAUUUUCAAAUUUUUGUUGCGAACUUCUCUAAUAGAGGUUUCUGACAAAUUCAUUCUAACACAGCAGUCUGUGAUACUAAAAUAAAACCAAAAAGCAGAGAAAAACAGGGACAAAAAAAAGCUCUUGUGAAAGACUGGGGAUAAAUGAAAAGCUCUUGUGGAAGUCUGGGGAUAAAUGAAAAUCACACUAAGUAUUUAAGAGAUUUUAAAAAGUCUAGAGCUUCCUAAUUUCCCAUUUUUAAAAAUACAUUGAGCCAGAUUUUUAUUUUUAUUGUCCUGCAAAGAACUAGAUGCCAGUGAAGCUUGUUAAGCUCUUAUCAAAGAAGGCAGUGUUUGAUUGACCAGAACUGUUUAAGAUGGGGACAUUGCACAAGCAGUGAUCUGCAGAUGUAAUUCUGGACUGUUUAAAUGUUGAAACCAUAGAACAAAUGUUUUAGCCCUAUGCAAUACUGUGGUUAAAUGAACAGUGAUGUUUUAUUUUGUGUGAACUUGAAGAUCCUAGAGGGAAAGAAAUAAAAAACAAAUUCACCAUUUAUUCUCUCUAGCUUUCAUUGGAACGGUUGUUGAACAUAACUCAUUAUAUUUAAGACUGUUCUGCUUCGCAUUUAAUCAGCCAGCUCUUUUACUAGCUCAGCCUUUUAUCGUAGUUAAGCCAUGUGUUAUGCUGCAUACUGUUGAUUAAAAUUAUGCAAUUGCAAAGUGCAAGCUUUAAAGUCCUGUAAUGAGAGGCAAGAAGGUUCAGGUAUCUGUUACGUGAGUCUUUUUCCUGCAACAACAAAGCUCACGAAAUUUUUCAGUGUCACAGGACAUGGAGGGAAUGGCUCAAGUCACGGUUUUUUCUGUGUAGCUUUGGAGGCAGAGUCUGUAUUCAUAAAUAAUUCUUAAUGUAAUGUCUUCUGCUGCCACGGGUUCAGCAGCCUAUAAGGAAGAGCUUAUGCCCACAUCUGUGCAGUUAACAGCUGCCAGAAGAGCCUGUGUUCUUCUGCAGACAGAUCUAAGUGCUGCAUAGGAAUGGUGACAGAAGCACAAGUUGAGCCCAAGGAUUGUAUCCAAAGUUCUUGCCGGAGUGUCCUGAAAGGAAGCACAUUUAUAUCACAGGCACCUAGGGAGUGCUGUCAUUUGUCUCUAGGACAAAAAUUAAUGCUUUCUGUUUUUUCCCACAGCUUUGUUUUUCUUUAUGAAACUGUCUAUUCAUAUUGUGAAAUACAAAUCACUGUGAAAGCUUUCAGGCAAUAAAUUACUUUUUGUCUAA